AUGGAGAACAUUAUGCCGGAAGUCCCAAGUGUGAUCAAAGAAAGAAAUGAUCAUUUCCAGAGGAAAGAGAUCCAGAAGGCUUCAAGGGCAGAGGGAUGCUGGACAUCGAGAGACAACCAGGAAGGCUGCCCGGUGCAUCGGCAAGCUGCUCCCCCGCCCCACACCCGGGUCUCCUCCUUUUGCAACACACAGAUGUCAGAAACUGAGCUGGAAAAGAUAAAAGUAAAAACAGCUGAGCAUUUUGAAAAUGAUAAAAAUAACACUUCUUGGUUGAAGGAAGGAUUUUCCAGUUCAAUUCAAAAUCCUCUUGGAGAUCCUGAUACCCAACUUACCAAUGAAAAACUUGCAGAAGAGAAACCCAUGAAUGCUAUCGUUAUAAAUUCAGUAUCCGAAUUCAAUAUCACAGAUGGACCAGCCAAGGAAACUCCCAGUGAGAAAAAACUGUCAGAACACAGCACAUCACUGUCCUCCCUUGAAGAAUGCCAGACGAGAUUUUCUUACCUUCAAACUGAUACUUCAGCUCAUCAGAGAGACACUGAUGAGGAGUGUGCCUCCCUUAUCCUCACCUGUCUGUUCUGCCAGUUUUGGGAUUGUCUCCUGAUGCUCCCUGAUACGUGUGAAACGGUGUGUACCAACUUGUGCUGCCCCUCUCACAGGUACUACCACACCUCCGACGAAAGCCACUCUAGGAAUGAUUGCAACUGCAACUGUGACAUGGACUGCAGCCUUUUUGAAUCUUGCCACGAGACCAGCGAGUGUCUGGAGCUGGCCAUGGAGAUUUCAGAAAUGUGUUAUCGCUAAUGCAACAAAGUAACCAUGUUCCAGCAGACCCUUUGA